AGCUCUGCUGGGAACUACAUGGUGCUCAAUUUUUCAAGAUGUCGUCGCUGGAGCAGAGGCUGUCGCGAAUCGAGGAGAAACUAAAGCAGGAAAAUGAAGAAGCUCGCCGGAGAAUCGACCUAAACAUCGACAUGAGCCCGCAGCGAUCACGUCCGAGGCCAAUCAUCGUGAUCCAGCUCAGUCCUGCUCCAGCCCCUUCCCAGCGUGCAGCGCUUCAGCUGCCCCUGGCCAACGAUGGAGGCAGCCGGUCAUCGUCUUCAGAGAACUCGCCUCAGCACCACCCCUACCCCAGCCGCCCGAGACACAUGCUCACCCUGCCCACACCUCCAUAUGGCCUACAGAAGAGCCUAGAGAAUGCAGAGAUCGACCAGAAGCUGCAGGAGAUCAUGAAACAGACGGGUUAUCUGAAGAUCGAUGGUCAGAGGUAUCCAGCAGAGGUAACAGACCUGAUCAGUGAAGGGGAGAUCGGCAGCGGCACCUGUGGACAGGUCUUCAAAGUGCGAUUCAAGAAGACAGGCCACGUCAUCGCUGUCAAACAAAUGCGCCGUACAGGAAACAAAGAUGAGAACAAGAGGAUUCUGAUGGACCUGGAUGUGGUGCUGAAGAGUCAUGACUGCCCUUACAUCAUCCAGUGCUACGGCGCCAUAGUUACCAACACGGAUGUAUUCAUUGCCAUGGAGCUGAUGGGAACGUGUGCAGAGAAGCUGAAGAAGAGAAUCCAAGGUCCCAUCCCAGAGCGAAUCCUAGGAAAGAUGACAGUGGCAAUAGUGAAAGCAUUGCUUUACCUGAAAGAGAAACACGGUGUCAUCCACCGGGACGUCAAACCCUCCAACAUCCUCCUGGACGCCAAAGGUCAGAUCAAACUGUGCGACUUCGGCAUCAGCGGACGCCUCGUUGACUCUAAGGCAAAGACCCGCAGCGCUGGCUGUGCAGCUUACAUGGCGCCUGAGAGAAUAGACCCUCCAGAUCCCACCAAACCUGACUAUGACAUCCGAGCAGACGUGUGGAGCCUUGGCAUCUCUCUGGUGGAGCUGGCCACUGGACAGUUUCCCUACAAGAACUGCAAGACAGACUUUGAGGUUCUGACCAAAGUGCUGCAGGAAGAUCCUCCUCUGCUGCCUCUCAGCAUGGGCUUCUCCCUCGACUUCCAGUCCUUUGUUAAAGACUGCCUCACAAAGGAUCACAGAAAAAGGCCAAAAUACCACCAGCUGCUGGAGCAUAGUUUCAUCCGGCGUUACGAGGUGCUGGAGGUGGACGUGGCUGGUUGGUUCCAGACAGUGAUGGAUCGCACCGAGUCGCCACGCAGCAGCCAGUGUUACAGCCAUCAGCACCAGCUCCACUCGCUCUUCAGUAGGUAGCCUAGCCUAGUCCAGCCCAGCCCGGUGUUAGCUUAGCCCUACGCUAGUCUAGCCUAGUUUUAGCUUCGCCAAGCCCAGACUUAGUCUGCCCUAGUCUAGCCCAGCGUUAGCAGCUAAGCCUAGCCUUAGACCCAGCCCGCCUGGUCAUCUGUCCACCAGAGAACCUGAAGAGCCCUCAGAAGAAGGCAAGACGGAGACUCGAUGGAUGGACAGAUGGAUGAUUGUCGGAGAGAUGGACUGAUGGAUGGAUGGAUGAUACAGGUGGUUCUGUUUAUCAGUGAAUUGAAUCUGGACAGGCAGACAUGGGAAGGAUGGAACAGAGAGAAAAGUGCACACUGUAGUUAGCUUCAUUAUCUCUCAGUCUCGUCUAUUACAUCAUGUCACGUCACAAUGUGUGUAACUGCCACACACACACACACACACCUACAUACAAACUGUGUGUGUGUGUGUCUUGAAUAUGUGUCUACAUUUCCUCCACUUUUUUCAUUUACGUACAUGUCUGUCUCCAGCAUUGAUCCAAGCCGUUGGAUUAGUCAACAGAGUAGUCACUACACACUGGAACAAAGCAUCUGCUACAUUAGCAUACAUGAAUCUCUUUUGUACAUAAACAUUACGGAGGACGCAACAAUUUCCGGUGCAAUUAUGAUUCUUCAGGUGUUUCUACUAUCACACAUUCUCAGGCUGUGUGUGUGUGUGUGUGUGUGUGUGUGUGUGUGUGUGUGUG